ACGCUUCACUAUUAACCAGCUACAAUGCCAUAACAGACCCUACUUACAUCACUAACAAAAUAUAUGUCUAUAUUAAAGACUAACUCAUAUCCUAUGAAUUUGAAGUACAUUACCCUACUUACAUGUUCAAUCUUCAGCAGUCAGUCAUAGGAAUCUGUUCUUCUGAGUAAAUGAGGAACAUUUCUUUUGCCAUCUCUGCAGACUUAUCAGGCCUGCUGCAAAGUCUGGAGCAACGUGUUCAGGCUUUGGCCAACACCAGCGACCCCUUGGUGUUGGGCUUUAGUGCUGGUUUGGCAGAAGAGCUGGUGAAGGUUCACAGCCGCACCCUGAACACCCUGCUUCAAGACUCCCAGAAGCCCUUUGGCAGGGUCAGGAGCACCAACAAGCUGACCCACCCUGCUCUGCUGCCAGACUUCACCCAGGCCAGGGACCGACUACUGGCCCUGAAGGAAAGUCUGGGACGCAAGGAUGACAUCAGGGUUGUGAGUGUAGGAGCUCCAUCCCUGGGACCCCUACGCUACUUCCUCCAGGCAGAGUGGGAUGGACUGGUUGAUGUGGUUUCCUCCCUGCAUUCUGAGCUUAACCAGCCCAUGCGAAACAGCAAGCCUACUGUCUCCUCUCUCCUGACCGUCUCAAGCCUGUUCCGCCUAGAAAGGAGAGCAGAGCUGCUCAAGGCGUACCUAUGUGAUGAGGCCACCAUUGGUCCUUCCAAUGRGUACCGCCUGUCUGCCUUCUCCAACGCCAGGGGCUUUCUGGGCGCGUUAAUCAGGGAGGCUGCCCAUGCUAAGCAGAGGGACAUCAGCAACAUCUCUCUUCAUUUCCAAGUGCUCAGUGCCGCAACAUCCCCAGCCUCUCUUCCCCUGACCGGUGUAUAUCUGUGUGGACUAGAACUGAGAGGGGCACUGUGGGAUACACGGCUAGGAGCCCUGCAGGACACGCUCUCCCCCCAGCCCUGCCUGCUCCCCCUCCUCUGGGUCAGAGCACGGGUGAGGAACACAGACACCGUCCGAGCCCCAGACAGCCCCCCCUGCAACACCUCCUCCCUGCCCCUCUACCACUGUCCCCUCUAUCUGGACCGAGAGCAUGGGGACAGUAGAUACUGGGAACUGGCUGAGAAUAACAUUAUCACUCGUGUCCCUCUAGUGGCCAAGCUAGAUCCUGUGCUAUGUACACUAAGAAGAGUGAGGCUUGUGAGUACCCUGUGAGACUAGACUGCAGAAUUCAAUGCUGCGAUU